CCCAUGGCUAAAUGUAUUAAGUGACUUAUUUUUUAAAACCGGCAACAUCGUAUUUGAUUUGGGCUGACUUUUCUUCUACCUGAAUUUUAAAUUGAUCACGUUUUUUUGAUUUUCCAAGAAUUUUCCAAUUCUAAAAUAAUCGAGAUGAUGCAACCACAAAUUCUCUUAUUAAAGGAAGGAACAGACACAUCUCAAGGAAAGCCUCAAUUAAUAUCAAAUAUAAAUGCUUGUCAGUCUAUUGUUGAUGCUGUUCGUACAACAUUGGGCCCAAGGGGUAUGGACAAAUUAAUUGUUGUCAGAUCUGGCAAGGCUACAAUAUCUAAUGAUGGAGCUACUAUAAUGAAGCUCCUUGAUGUAGUUCAUCCGGCUGCAAAAACUCUGGUAGAUAUCGCAAAGUCACAAGAUGCUGAAGUCGGAGAUGGCACCACCAGUGUUGUUCUUUUAGCGGGUGAAUUUUUAAAACAUAUAAAGCCAUAUGUUGAAGAGGGAGUUCACCCCAGAAUUAUUAUCAAGGCUGUUAGAAAGUCCCUGCAACUCUGCUUGGAGAAAAUACAGGAAAUUUCUGUGAAAAUUAAUAAAUCCAAUGCUUUAGAAUUCAGGUCAUUAUUAGAAAAAUGUGCUUCAACUGCAAUGAGUUCAAAACUCAUUAGUCAACAAAGGGCAUUUUUCUCUAAAAUGGUAGUAGAUGCUGUAUUAUUGUUAGAUGAUCUCAUGCCAUUAAAUAUGAUUGGAAUUAAAAAGGUGCAAGGUGGAGGUCUUGAAGACUCAACUCUAGUUGCUGGUGUGGCGUUUAAGAAAACAUUUUCAUAUGCAGGAUUUGAAAUGCAGCCUAAAGUCUAUAAGAACUGUAAGAUUGCAUUGCUCAAUAUUGAACUUGAAUUAAAGGCUGAACGGGAUAAUGCUGAAGUUAGGGUUGAUAGUGUUAAAGAAUAUCAGAAAAUUGUCGAUGCUGAAUGGAAUAUAUUGUAUAACAAAUUGAAAAAGAUUCACGAAUCUGGUGCAAAUGUGGUUUUGUCAAAGUUACCAAUUGGAGAUGUAGCAACUCAGUAUUUUGCUGACAGAGAUAUGUUUUGUGCUGGUCGAGUAGCAGAAGAAGAUCUGAGAAGGACGUUAAAAGCUUGUGGUGGAGCUGUAAUGACUACUGUAAAUGAUCUUAAUGAUUCAGUUUUGGGUAAUUGUGAUUUGUUUGAAGAGAGGCAAAUUGGAGGAGAGAGAUAUAACUUCUUUAGAGGUUGUCCGAAUGCAAAAACCUGCACUAUAAUCUUAAGAGGUGGUGCAGAACAAUUUCUUGAGGAAACAGAAAGGUCACUCCAUGAUGCCAUCAUGAUUGUUCGCAGAACCAUUAAAAAUGAUGCUGUUGUUGCUGGUGGAGGUGCAAUUGAGAUGGAACUGUCCAAAAUUCUGCGCGAUUAUUCCAGAACAAUUGCCGGCAAAGAGCAGCUACUAAUCAGCGCUGUUGCCAAAGCACUAGAAAUAAUACCGAGGCAGUUGUGCGACAAUGCCGGUUUCGAUGCGACGAACAUAUUAAACAAACUGAGACAAAAACACGCUCAAGGCCAUUGUUGGUACGGAGUGGACGUCAGUAAAGAAGACAUCAGCGACAACUUCGAGUCCUGUGUCUGGGAACCGGCCAUUAUCAAAAUCAAUGCUCUGACGGCCGCUACGGAGGCCGCCUGUUUGAUUUUGUCGGUUGACGAGACCAUCAAAAAUCAAAAGUCGGCCGAACCACCUCAGAUGGGAAGAGGAAUGGGAAGACCCAUGUGAAAUACUUAAUAUGUUUUAAGAUUUAGUUAGUCUUACCGUUAUUUUUCACAAGUAUUCUUUUCAGUAUGUUCUUCAAUUUUUUAAUACUGAAUUUAACAUUUUAUGUAACGCUCCUGCAUUGAAGCUUUUUAUAAACACACGCCUUGUAUUAAUUAUUAAAUUUGAUGUUUCAUUUACCUUUAACUUAAUAAUCCAGCUUAUUUUACCAAGAGUUAUCUAAAUAUACGUUUUUAUAAAGUCCUUUUAUAUAAACGACAUUUACAAAAUGUAAUAAUAAUUUAAAAGUAACAAAAUAUAGGAAAAUAAUUAUUUAAA